GUGAUGUUAAACCUGCCAUUUAAUCGUGGUUUUCCUUCAUUUGUGUUAGAGGGGAAGACGCACAAAAGAGGGCAUGAAUGGAAGCACUAUGUAUUACAUUUGUUGCCAUUAUUUCAUUAGUAAUUUUUUUUGGAAAGAUUGGUUCACGUUUUCAGGGUUUAUUAAAUGACUGUAAGUUACAAAACAUCAUCAUCACCUAAAUUUGUUGUUUUUUUUUUAAACAUGCCUUGCCUUUAGUUUUACUGAAAUCCGGUUUAAGAAGAAGAAACACAGAUAUACAUCUAAAAAAAAGUCUUCAGUCAAUAAACUCUAAACCUUCACUCAAUCUGAAAUUGUAUAGGGUGUGCUAAUGUUUUAUUUGUGAUAUUGCAGCAUACCGCGAGGCAGAAUCGAUCGUUAGACAUCCAGCGGGCUACCCUAGAACCAAGACUGGUGAGUGUAGAAACAUUGUGGGUUUUUAUUUUUUUCUCUGCGGUAAUUUCCAUUGACUUGUGAGGAAUUUCCCAUUUGGCACAGAGUGACUCAAUGGAAUAUCAAAUGGAAAAAUAAUUUUUUUAUUGUUUUGAAGCAACGUCAAAAUAAAUCAACUUAAUAUAAUAAUAGGAUCAUGUAUAUCAAUUCAAGACCACUGCCCUAAAAGUAUUUUCUUUUUAGAAGUACUUAUUUAUGCAAGUAACGAAAAGUAGGCUGUAUAUUUAAUGUUAGUUUUGUUUUUUGAAGUUACCAGUUGGGGCUAGUUUUUUAUUUUUAUUAUUUUUUUUUAAAGUUUAUGAUAACAUCCCAAAACUGGUCAUUACUUUGGGAUAUUAUGCGGGUAGGCGUCAUUUCUUGUAAUAGUAAAUGACGUUAAAAAUUUACUUCACAAUCAUCAUUACAGAUAUGACAUGCAUGGUUAGUGCCGUUAAAAAAAAUCCCGGUUAGUGCCGUACUAUCAUCGUAGGUGCCAUUAUAAUCAUCAUUGGUGAAAUUUCAAUCAUAGCUGGUGCCAUGUCAAUCGUUGCUGGCGUAAUUUCAAUUAUCAUUGUUGCCUUUCCAAUCAUCGUUGGUGCAAAUACAAUCAUCAUCGGUGUUAGAACAACCAUCGUUGGUGUAAUCGCAAUGAUUGUUCGUGCCAUUACAAUCAUUGUUACUGGCAUAAACAAAAUGCCAUCUUGAUCUCAUUUAAAAAAAUAAUAAAAUGUGUAUCCUUUUUCAGCCGUAUUGUUUGUCUAUCCACAAAGUCAAAUCCAUCAUUUAGCUGUGAAACUCCAGCUGAGGUAUAACAAGAAAUGAACCACGGACAAACUUACAUCAAGUGAAAACACGUUUCUCUAUGUCUAUAGCACACAUCAUUCAUUAAUUAUAUUCAAUCUGUAUUUCUUGAUGCAUCUAUAUUUUUUUCCCCAGAUUGUUACGAGAUUGCGUACAGUUUUGAAUCAGAAGAUUGCGUCUAUCAAUCUUAUAAUGAAUGCGAAAAAAAUCCGCAACAUGACGGUUUCAUACCGAUCAAUGAUGUCAGCAUCGUAAGCUUUCCCCCUUACUACCAGACUCAGUCCCUGGUCGAUUUGACGUUUGCAUUAGCGGCAGUAACGGUAAAACUCAGUAUCUUUUACGUGAGCGAAGACAGGCCGAAGACAUUCGCUGACAAGGAAAUCCCAUACCCUUUUGGGGAGACGUCGGGCAAGAGUAUCUUUUUAAAGGGAAGUGGACGAAUUCGGUUUGUAAACAAAUAUCCUUUUUAUGAUAACAAGACGUGUCCCUGUGCACGGUGUACUCACUCAACAGCCCCCAAGAAAGACUGGUGGAUGGUUGGCGUCGUCACGGCAGCUCACGUCGUAUUCGACGAAAAAGAAGCAAAAUCCACCAGGUGUCGAGUCGAUUACAAUACCGAGGUCAAGGAACUGAAACCGGAAAACUCUCUCCAGGGAUACGGUAUCGCAGAGCGUGGAGUGUUCGUUGAGGAGGACAGAAGCAACGUGCUCUUCUGCACGCACGACUCGAGCCUGGCCGCGGAGCUAGAGUCGAGAGUAGCGCAUUACAAAGCUCAGUGCGAGAAGGUCGUGGAGGAGUUCCAGGACAACGCUGAGAGAGAGCUGGUCAUCGUCGUGUCGCACCCCCACGGCCGUGCCAAGUGUGCGUCCAUCGGAAGGGCGGAGAGGAGGUUGAAAGUGGAGACGGGGUUUACGAAGUACGAGUACAGCGUCGCCACGUGCCCCGGUACAAGUGGGGCGCCGGUGUACAUGUUGGACAGAACCAAGUUACCGUUCUGUAAUCACCCCCACAGCGCCGCGUUUAAAGAAAAGGAUAACAGUGGCUACUCCGCAGGAGGAUAUUGAAAAUAGACAAUGUUCAUUUUGGGGCUGGCUAGUCCUCUCGCUGGACAUGUAAGUCCGUAGCCAGCCAGGACGACCUAGCUAUCUUAACUCUUGACCAUUUCAGGAAUUGUUAGCUAUGUCACCCAGUCUUAUCUUCUGUCUCUGACCAUCGCAAGGGUGUCAGGCAAGCUCGCGCAGCACACAACUAUGAGUUGUAUUAUGUGGAUGGCUGAGCUACGAUGUCAUUUAUUUCAUGUUCAAAAAAAAAAAAAAAAAAAAAAAAAAAAAAAAAAAAUUUUUUUGUAUCUGUGGCCAUAUUAGCUUACGUUCAACUUGAACAAUGAAAACAAACUUAAAGGGGCGUUCAGAAAAUAUUUCUUUUAGCGAUCGUGGACCAACACCAUACCCUUCAACCAUACAGUCUCACAUAUUCUUGAAGUCUCCUGGACAUAGUCGCAACGAGCAGCACUUCGUACGUUAAGAAUACGUUAAAUCCAGUCUUCGCUUGAAAGAAACAUUCGCUAACGUCUGUGAGCAGACGUUUAAACCAUACAAAAAUAUUGUAAAAAUUAUUUUGUUAUUAUUUUGUUAAUUCGAUUCUUUUUUUUUUAUUAUUAAUUUAUUAUUUUGUUGAUAAUUUUGUUCUUUAUUUUGUUGGCAUAGAAGUUGAUUAUUUUUCUUGGGUAAUUUGUUUCUGUAAAAAAAAAAAUUACAUUUUAUGCAUUUUAAUGUAAAACUUGAGUAAGGAAAAAAAAUGUUUUUAUGAAUGUGUGAGUAUUUCACGACUUGUGAGCGCAUUUGUUUGUGUAAAACUAUAAGAAAGAGAUAAUUAGCUUCUAAUAGCAGGAAGGUGCUUCUUGAAACAGCAAGUUAGAACAGUGUUUUGGGAAAAUUCAUAAAAUUCUCAAUAGCACUAAGUAUAAAAACUCGCACAUGAUAUAUUAAAGAAAAAAAAAUACAACCUCCAACAGCUUUACCACUUUAAAAAAAAAUAAAAAGAAAUUAUUAAAUCA